AUGCCAGGGCAGCUGAGGACCCCAAACCUGUCCCUUGCUCAGGGACUGUCUGUCAGGAGGUCCACCCAGCCUCAUGGUAUCUCUCAAAUCUGCCUUGUCUUUUCCAGCUGCUUCUCCUCCGAUGGCUCUUUGAUUUCCCAGGAGCUGAGGGCCCCCCGUUCCACUCCCCGUGCUUCAGGACGAGGGCUUUGUGGUUGCCACAGCAUGGUACAAGCCUGCUUGGUGUGCUCCAGAGUUCAUAACGGCAGCCUGACAGCCCAGGCAGCCAGGGCAGACAUGGACAAGACGGACAAGCCCAGUCCCUCUGCCAAGAAGCACGUGCGACUUCAAGAGAGGAGGGGCUCCAAUGUGUCGCUGAUGCUGGACAUGAGCUCUCUGGGGAGCGUGGAGCCUAUUCAGCCUGUCUGUACACCUCGAGACAUCACUCUGAAGUUCCUGAGGACAUCCAGCCAUGUGCUGAGGAGAGAGGAGCUCCAGCAACGCGCCCAGAGCCUGACACAGCUCCAGGAGGAGUUUUCGAAAAUUCCACCGAACUUUGUCAGUCCGGAGGAACUGGAGAUCCCUGGACGUGCCUCCAAGGAUAGAUACAAAACCAUCCUCCCCA